AGAAUGAGAGCGCAAAAUGUCAAAUGACAAGUGGUUCGAGAUGAACCAAAGCACCCAGAAGCUGAUCGGCGAACCACCAAAGCGCAAGAUACCCUGGGGCUCCAUUCUGGCGGUGGUCCCGACGCUCCUCUUGGUCGUGCUUUUCAUCCAAAACAUCGUCUUCUUCUGCUUGAACAGGCCUCAGGACAUCGUCAAAGAGAUGGGCGCGCUGGUGGCGACUUUGCCCAACAGCAUCCCGGACCGCAACUGCACCGACUUAGCCUGCCACUUGGCGGCGCUGCAGACCGCAUUAGCACAGCUGAAUGCAAGUCACGCCGCGAUUUCCAGCGACCUGCAGAAGAGUCAGACGGCAUUGGCAGAGCUGAAGGCAGGUCACGCCGCGAUUUCCAGCGACCGGGAGAAGAGUCAGACGGCAUUGGCAGAGCUGAAGGCAGGUCACAACGCAAGUCAGAGCCUGCUGGCCAAAGUCUGGCAGGAGAUUAGCAGCGACAAAGGGCUUCUGAGUCAGACACUGAAAGACCUGAAGACGGACUACAAGAGCAUGUCUCAGGAGCUGUCACAAGAGAACAAGAACUUCAGUUUGGCUUUGUCCAGCCUGCAGCAGAAGGUCACAGGUCUCAUGCCCGGAGCCUGCUGUGACGUCAUGGCGGCGGGAAAGUCCCGAAGUGGAGUCUAUUCCAUCUUUAGCGGGUCCAACAGCUUCGAGGCUUACUGCAACAUGUGGCAGGAUGGGGGAGGCUGGACCGUGAUCCAGAGGAGAAAGGACGGCUCCGUCGACUUCUUUCGCGGUUGGAAAGACUAUCGAAAGGGCUUUGGAGACCUCGCCGGAGAGCACUGGCUCGGCCUGCAAAACAUCCACGCUCUGACGGCCUCGGGCGCUUACCAGUUGCGGAUCGACUUGACCACAUUCGCCGGCCGCAAUUACUACGCUCUCUACGACAACUUCUCGGUGGGCCCCGAGAAGGACGGCUACCCGCUGCUUGUGAGCGGCUACUCUGGAAACGCAGGCGAUAGUCUCACCUUCCAUUCUGGGAUGAAGUUCAGCACCGAAGACCGCGACCAAGACGAGCAUCCUGACAAUUGCGCCACUUUGUUCAAGGGCGGUUGGUGGUACAAGCACUGUUACCUAGUCAACCUGAACGGGCUGUACAAGGCAACCGCCACCUACGACGAUCACCAUGUAAGAUGGGAUACUUUGGAGCUACCAGAUCACCGCCUGAGAUUUGUGGAGAUGAAGAUCCGGCCCAGAGAGUGAGCGGUCGGCCGGCGGAGCCUGGGAACGGCAUCCCCGUGGGAUCACGUGGGUGCUGCCCGACGUCACCCAUUUGCGCAGCGCUCGUCAAGUAAGAUGGCGGUGCGCAAAUGUGUGUCGGAUUUGGCCCGGGCAAAUUGGUCCAAGUGCAAUUCCGAAUUACACCAGGAGCUUGACACGAGAGAGACCUGACAAACGCUUAGUUGGAAGUUAGUUCCUCAAAAUGAACUUUUAUUAAAGGGCAGUUUGGCGCUGUUGCAGUUCCAAAUUUCACCAGCAGACGGGGCCAAAUUUAGACUGACGUGACAUGGUAAAUCCGUCGUUAGAUUAGUCGAAGUUAUUGACUCGGGAAACACGACCUGUUUUGAAUGACACGCAUGCGCGCACACACACACACGCACACACACGCACACACACACACACACACACUUUUGGAUCAUUUUAAGAUGUUUUGCUUUGCUAUCAUAAAAUCCCUUACAUCUGUUGACAUAAGGACAUAAGGAGUGCCCAUAAGCAUAGGUUAGCUACGAUUGAUUAUGUGUUAAGUUAGUGAGUGUUCGAUGAAGUUGUGUUUUACAAUAAUAUCGGUUCAAGUAAGGGUACAUGAAAUAACUAACAGCUGAAGCAUUCCAAUGGCAUCUGUUAAAGUAAGGGUACCCACCCAUAACCAUUGUUUAGUUUGGUUGCGUUGAAUAUUGACUUAGGUUUCAUUUUCUUCCGUUUUGCGUCGUUUCAGUUGAAUAUUUUCAAACAUGGUUUAUUGCUGUUGAUGUCAAGAGGAUGGAUGGAUGGAUGGAUGGAUGGAUGCAUCAUCAACAUGUAUUCAAUAUGGAUGUUUUAUUCAUACAUGGAUGUAUUCUCUCGCGAGUAAGGACUGUUAAAGUAAUCAUAGUUAUGUUGUGUUGAAUAUCUUUGAAGUGAUGUAGUAGUUAAGUUGCAUUUUCUUUUCUUUUCUUUUUUGGAACCAAAAUUUGGAUUUUGGGAAUGAGGCCAACUGAUUACUCCACCCAUUCCAGCAAUUUAUACCCUCAGUCUCCUUUUUGUCCCCUCCCUUUACGCGAGUUUUACAAUCCAAAGAGGUUUGCGACGGCAUCAUUCUCGCUUCAAUGAGAAAUGGCAAGUGGAAUUGUCGUCGUUUGUACAAACAAUUGAGAUGUCUCACUUUUUUCCCUUACUCAUUAAAC